AUGGCUAGCACUCAGCUUCCUCAGCAUAUGUCCCUUGCUUACAAGAGAUAUAAACGGGAUACUGAAGCUGUUGCAACCUGGUUAGCCGAGAAGGCGUUCAAACUGGGGUUUGUUGCUUCAGCCUCCGCUCCCUCGCCGAAACAGCCCAAACUUAGAGGCAGAGCUCGUAAGCUUGCUCGAGAUGCUGCAAAGCUCUCACCGUCAACGGCUGCGAAUGGACCGAAGUACACCUAUACUGUCAAGACAACCGAUUUCAUCCAGAUGGCAACCAAAAUUGUCAGCGCGCGACCCAGAAUCACCCUCAGUCGAUCUCUAGAGACCAUCUGGCGACGGGCCAUUCAAGCCAGACUGGACUUCAGCGCUUGGUUCAGGUCUAGAUCCAGCGUCGAUCCACUUGCUGACGAGAAGCAUGCCCAUUUCACCACGGUUCUUGAGAAAGCCCUCGAACUCCUUCAGCCUUGCUGCGAGUUGCCAGACGCCCAAGAAUUUCCGCAAGAAUCGAAGGAGGAGGUGGCCGAAACACCUUUGGAACAGAUGAAUAACAUGUUCCAGCAUCUUGAGGUAGAAGAUAUAUCGUCAGACGACGAGGAGCCAGCCGCAGAGAAGAGCACAAUGAAAUCGAAGACACCAGCACCGGCCCGGGCAUACAUCGAAUUCAAAGAGGAAGAGGCAGAAGCAGAGUUCUUCUUCGCCAUCUGGUCAUUCCUGCAGGACGUCACUGCUGUCAGAGUAUAUGUCGCCUGCACGUGGCAGCUGUAUUCGACUGGAGUCAUUGAAUUGAUGCAGUGUGCUAGCGUGACGAACUUUGCUGUGGACCUAGUUCGCAGAGCAGAGGCUGACUUCGAGGCAUCCUUGCAGCGUCCGCGAAAUUACCCAGCAUCAGAAUUUCCUACCGGAUCUUUGCCGUUCCUCAUCUUCAAGCUUCAUCUGGACAAGGAGAAUGGGGGCCCUCUCGACUUUGAUCCGGAUCUUCCGUCCACCAUCGUCAUCUGUGGUUGCGAGAUAUGCGACAUGCUGCUCUAUGUUCCAUGGGCCAUGGCCAAGGCAUAUGUCGAUGUGUUGGUGGAAUGUCCCCCUACCUUACCCACGUCGAACAAUGCUUUCGCCGUCGACGUUCCCGGGCUUCCACCAGCGAAGACUCACCGUGCUGAAUUCUACCAUGCGAAGAAUCCCAGCCAAAAAGCCGUUGAUGAACUUCAUGAAAUCCUGCCCACCUCUUGCAUGCUUUCGCUAAUGUUCAAAAACGCUUUUGUCGAAGACGAGAUACUGCAUGCUUCACGUCAUCUAAUUGAAAAUCACACUGUCCCCGUUUGGGUCAGCUUUGCAUUCCAAGUACAGCUUGACAUGCAAAGACUCAAUACCAUGAAGCCAAUCCCAGCGUUCAGGGAACUUGCAGAGUCUUAUGGUGAUAUCAAGUCACGUUUCAAGCGUCACCGAGCUUGGGUCAAAUCUCUUGAACACGCCGUAUGGGAUCUUGACGGCUCUGCUCGCAGUUUGGUCAAGGAUUUCGGCGACUGGAUCGAGGGCUCUAAGGUGGGCAGAGCUGAUCCCACCGAGUUCAAUCUCAGACUGGCUGCUGGUCAAGAUAGGGCGUCCGCCAUGAGAGACACCAAGAGAAUCCCCCUGCUCGAGCUUUUUCCUUUGACCUGCGCAACGUUGAAGACCGAGUUGUACCUCGAAUGGCAUAUUUUGGGUCUGAAACUCGUCAACUAUACCGGCCACGUUCCGAUGCUUUGUCACCUAUACAACGCACUCAGAAAACUCAACCCAGACGCUCCUAUUUGGCCAGACUUGGAGCUUGUUAUUCGUAACCAGGACCCAGCUCGAGUUUUUAUCGGUGGUAUACCCAGCACUCCGGAAGAUUUUCUGAAGCGCUUCUUCCUUGCCAUGGGGAUGUCCUCAAGUAUGUUGGCACGGAACAACAACGCGGGUUUCAGUAAAUCCAACGCCCGGAAACACCAGUUCCAAGAGGCCCCCAUAGCAGGAAAUCUUUUCGCUCGGUGGCUGGGCAGCGAAACACGCAAGGUUGACGAAGUGGCCUAUCAAUUGCAAAAAGUUCUUUCCGACCCCAAGUACAAGGAUGAUCUCGCCCACAGACUCUUCAUUCCGGUACAGGAUAGGUCGGAUGAGUUGAAGAUGACGCUUUUGAAUACAGAGAUGGUCCGUGUUUUGAUUAGCUUCUCAGAAGGGUUCGCAGCCGAAAUGCCAGCCUUCAUGUUCGAUUACUUCGCCAUGGAACGCCGGUGCUACGAUUUCUACCUCCGACUCAGAGACGCGUACCGGAAGAAUAUGGACAAGUACGAGACGUUGCAGUCGAAAGAGGAGGAAAAGAUCAACAGUCCCGUAUCCAUCACAAUUGCAAUCUUGACCUUGGCCCGAGACGGAGAAGCCAUCGCGCACAACAUGAGGUCUCGCAGAGCUCAGAACAAAGCUCAAGGUCCUGCCAUCGCAAAACUAAUGAAGGCAAGCUUGAUAGGGUACACAGACGAAAAGACCAGCGACUUCAUAGAGGACCUGAUCGAUCUCACUCGGAAGAACGGAGCGGCUGAGUUGAUUCAGCAGUACAUGGACAUAUCUGAACAUGCUCUGGCUCGAAACACCUUUCACCCCAUGCUGGCGACGCUGCAGAACUUUCUCGAGGAGAACAAGAGCGACAGGGAGAUCCGCAACCUGAAGACCAAGGUCGGUGACUCUGAUUAUGGCAUCUUUUUGUUCUGCAGGGCCAGUCUCGAAGCUCUUUAUAGCUCUCAGCAUCCCGAAGCAUGGGCCGAUCUUUUGGUCCCAGAUGACAAGCUUUACGAUGCGUUGAAGUGUAGCGCCGCCAAUCCUAUUCUUGUGAUGCUAGCAAUUCUGAACUUGCGUCAGAAGAAGGUGAUGUGUGGCACGGGAGAAGACUCGCACAGCGCAAGACUUCUGGAGGAGAUUAGCCCUGCCGAGCUUGCCGAGUAUGCCAAAACUCAAGGUCAAAAAGCCAAGAAGUCAUGA